GCUUGAGCCGACGGAAGAGUGCUGAAGUCAUCUCGCGUUGUACAGCGUCGCCGUGUGAUUGAUUUGAGAGUGCGUUCCGUAUUUUUGCGAAUUUUCCAAGGUGAAUUCCCAGAGAAAAGUCGAUUUUCGUGAAGCAAUCAGCAGGUAGAGUGCCCCCGGUGAGAUUAGUGGAAGAAUCGCGAACGGAAGUGGUCGAAAUCGUUGGGAAAAAGCGGAAAAUCGGAGGAGGUUUGCGCUUUGCUGGUGUGUGUCGCUUUUCACGCUCCCGUAGCGCUGUGCCCGCGGCCGUAGUAGCCGCCGUAGUUCGUUCAUUGACGUCGAUCUGGUUGCGGCCGCAUUUGGAAGUGUGUGAAGUGCCGUCGCCGCUGUCACGGCUGAAAAGGGAAUUGUGUGGAUGUGUGCGUUUGUGUGCAUUUCUCCAGGCAGUUGUGUCCGUCGCCACUGAGCCAGGCAGGGAAGAGCGGCCGCCGCAUCUGUGGAAAAGGCGGUAGCCGAGCGCGCGUUUUGAAAAAAUCUGUGAAAACAAACUCGAAGCGAAGGAGCGCGAAAACAGUUGCGGGUGUCGCAGGACCAAGGAAAACAGCAGUUUACGUUGAGGAUUCAGCUGGGAGCAGAGGCGAGCCGAUCGGAUUGCAUGCGACCGUGUGUGCGGCGAAAAUAGUGAAAUUUUAAGUAGAUCUGCUGGCCAGAGCCGAAAUCGGCAAGUCGAGUGUUUUGAAGUGUUGUGCCUGGCGUGAGUGGAAAGCUGUGCCUGGCGCACCUGAUUCCGGCAAGAGUGCAGAACCUUUGCGCGUGCGACUCGUGAGCGGUUUGUUAGCCACGGCCCUUCUGACUUUGUGCAUUGUUUAGGAGUGCGGACGGAGGUCCGCGUGCGUGACAGUUGGUGACUUUGUGUGGCAGCAGAGUGCGAUCUGUGUGCGGUGACAAUCGGGUGCGCGUUAAGGAAUUGAAAUGUCCGCGGUAUUCUGCAAAACGGAGGAGGAAAUCAUCGUGGACACGGGAGACUACAAUAGCGACGAGGCGGACGAUAGUAUACGGUUAACAAUCGAGGAUUCAGGAGGAGAACAAUAUUCGCAGAGCAGGUAUCCAGAUAAAAUUGGGCAUCAGCGCAGCAGAAGCAUUCAACAAAUCUCUGCAACGAAUAUGAUUCCACCGGGUGGAAAAAAUAUUUCUAAAAGCGCAAUGGAGAAUGAGAAGCGUAUGCGACGAGAAAUUGCAAACAGUAAUGAGCGACGUCGAAUGCAGAGUAUAAAUGCUGGUUUCCAAAGUCUCAGAUCAUUAUUGCCACACCACGAAGGUGAAAAAUUGAGCAAGGCAGCCAUAUUACAACAAACGUCCCAGUACAUCAUUGAAUUGGAGCGUGAAAAGACCCAUUUGCUUUCUCAAAACAGCCAACUGAAACGAACACUGGGACAACAUGAAUUGGCGAGUGGCGAUGGUAACGAGAUUGCGUGUGCUGGUCAAGGUGGAGCUAUCAAGAAACGAAAACUGACGGAUAAUGUUAUAACUCUUCAAACAAUAUCGGAUUCGUCAGACGAGGGCCUUGGCUCAAUGUCGCCUGAACCUGUGACGUUACUGAACAAUGCAGCAAAGAGCACAGCAGUUGCAGCAACAGCUUACAUCAGUACAACGUCUAAGGAGCUAACGGAGCUGAAAGCAAGUCUUGAAACAGAACGUAAACGUCGAAUGCUCGCUGAAGAGCGUUUACGACAAGUGACUGGACAAUAUUACCCUGCAACGACGGCAACGGCAAACCAAUAUGCUGUUCAUCGGGGCGAGGUAAUUGAGCACACUGACAACAUUCGUGAAGAGCAUGAAAUGGCAGUGUCAAUCAUCAAUGAUCCGUUGAAAUUGCAGGUUGUUGAGAUUGAUGCACUACCCGCAGUUGGGCAGACACAGGUGGUAGUAUGUUCGCCAUUGGGAGAGGUGAUGGACAUUCAAGAGGACGAAGUGGUUGAAACAAUAACAGAGGACAUGAUACAGGAAGAUAUGCGCGACGAAGUGAUCAUAAAAGAAGAAAUUGCAGAAUAUGUAGAAGUUCCAUCGAGAUUACAACCAAUUCUGGAAGCGGCGAUAAAAGCUGAACCAAAAGUGGAAGUAGAGCGAAUUAAUGCAACUUUGACAAAACUGAAAGAUGAUGCGAAAGAUGCCAGUCAGCAGGGUAACAGUGGUCGAAUGUAUUUAACGAGUACAUCUCGACAGAACCUGGAAACGAUCGUGGAAGCUAUCCGGCAUUUAGAAGGUGAUCAUCUGUUCGCUGAGAAUACUGGGGUGACGGAACAGCAGAAGAAGCAGCAGGUAACAACACAGGCGCAAGUUGUGACCGUUCAGCAGGAAGUGCCUCUUGCCCUGACGAACAAGCCAUCGCAGCGGAAGCAAUUGUCAGUUGAUCUAAGCCCAUUCCUUCAACUCAAGAAAGCACCUGCAGUUUCGGUGGAGGCAGUUGCCGGAAACACAUCGACGACGGCGAAAAGUAGUAGUAGUAGCAGUAGUAGUAUUAGUAGUGUGGGUACAAAUAAUAGUAGUAGCGUGAGUGGAACAUGCUCGAAUACAACCUAUUUGGUAGCUGGAAGCGGCACUUUGAAAGUGCAGGCACCCGCCUCGGUGGCGGCAGUAUCUGUUGCGACGCCAGUAAGUACAGCACCCGCUCUAGUUCAGUCUCAGUCAGCGCCAACAGCAUCGGCUUCAUCAUCAGCGUCCUCAUCGUCGCAAACUUCAACACCUGUGACAAUAGCUGCUGCCCUGAAGCAAUGUCGACCGGGUGUCAUUGUUGCAAAGCAAAUCUCGUCUUGAUUGGACAAAUCAAUGACACUCAAUCAUAAGAAAUUCAACUCUCCUAAUUCAACUUCGACUACUUACUGUUCGUCAUUACCAAUGUCAUCAAAACCCGCUUCGUCACUUUCACUGUCGUCAUCGCCGCAAUCAUCUGUGCCGCUAUCAAUAUCGAAGGCAGUAGCAAGUCCAUCUGUAGCUCCGAAGUCAGUAGUACCGGCCCAGGGGCGACGAAAAGAGGUAGCAAUGGCAUCAAUGACGUCUGCAGCAAAAAAUCGCAAUAAGAAGUGUCAUCAAACUCAUCAAGGGAAUCAGCAACAGCAAAAAUAUGUGUCUGCAUUUCAUUAAUUUCUCUUAUUACUAUAACUUUUAUUAUAAAAAGAAAAACAAAGUUUCCUUUCUUCUCUGUUUAAUAUUAUAAUAAUUAUAAUUGAAAAAUACUUCUUCCUUUUUCAUUAUUGUAUAAUGUAUUUUCUUAUUAUUUUUAAAGUUUUGGAUUUGUAUAUUUUACAGUAUACUACAAAUUACUUUUUAAAAAUUGCAUUGUAUUGCUUGUAAGGAGAAGCAAGAAACGACGCAAGAGAAACAAACAAACGAAGAAUCAGAAACAUUCAUUUAGUUUAAUAUAUACACACUACGACUACUCUAUAGAGACGAGGAAAAAAUUCAAAAUUUUCUUUUGUUUUCCUGUUAAAACAAGAUACGAGUAAAAUUAAAAAUAAAAGAAGUAACAAAAAAUAAAGUACAUUUUUUAUUUUAA